GCUCUACGGCAAAACCGGGAUUCAGUAUUAAAACCCAGCAAAAGCCGAUGGUGGAGGAAGGCCGUCUCGCUGCUGCCUGCCUGUGCGCCUUUUUUCUUCCUUAACCUGAACAAAUCUGGACAGGACCGUAUAGUCCUCCGACUCAGCCCGAGAGACAGCCAUGGGAGAAGCGUUGGACCUACCGAGGAGAGUUCUCUGAUCUCUCUCCCUUCUGGCAUGGCGAUUGGCUUCGUUUAUCUUGCAUCUUCCCAGUGUUAAUUUUGCGAUCGAGAAGGGCUUUGUUGUUCAAUGUCAGCUGCGACAAUAGCAAGCUGGAUUAAGUCCCCAUUCGAUGGUCGAAGAGGUCCUGAUUAUUCUAGCAUAAGCUUUAAAUGCAGGAGCCCUUUCUUUGGAUCCAUGCACUCUUAUUGGUUGCAUACAGGGCAGGAGCUAUCUCUUUCAAAAGUUCGUGUUGCUGCAGAUUACUCAGACUCACUGCCUGAUUCACCUAGGCAUGUGGGAAAUCGAGGUUAUCAUCCCCUUGAAGAAGUGAAAGGCCAUGAAAGGAACAAGGAUAUGCUGCUCACAGAUGCUGAGAUAGCUAGGACAGCUGUCGAGGCCAAUAGCAAGGCAUUGCUUGUAUUUCCGGGAAGGGUACACAAUGAACCACAUGGACAUGUCUCAUGGGCUGAAUUUCAGUAUGUAAUUGAUGAUUAUGGAGAUAUAUUUUUUGAAUUAUUUGAUGAUGAAAACAUCUUGCAAGACCCUGCUGCCAACAACCCUGUGACAAUGCUGAUUGGGAUGGAUGCUCCUAUCUAUGGAGAAAACAAGAUGAUAACUAUCAAUUUUAGUGACCAUAUGGAUGAUGACCAGAUCAUUGAUGUAUCAUUUGAUGAUGAUCAUAUUGAGAUUGGUGAUACAGAAGUGACCGACACUCUUAUAAAUUGGGGCAUGCCAGAUACAUUGCGUUGGAUUCAUCCAAUGUAUUUCACGAAAUGUUUGUCAAAGGCAGUUAAUACCAAACAGGAGAGGAAGAUGGACUGGCCAUCAAAUGGCCUUUCUAUUGUGGGAUGUCUCAGACCUGCUUUUAUAGAUGAAGAAUCUUAUUUAAGGAGGUUAUUCCACCGUAAUGAUGGUGAUGGUUACAUAUCAGAUUGGAGAGUUUCUUAUCAAAAUCCUGCAGAUGAAUCUGAGAAAGAAGAAGAACAAGUGGCUGGGACUUAUGACUUAGUUGAUAGUGAAAUAUUGAGAUUUAAUUCCAAAGGUGAUGGAGGCAACAUUAGUUCAACACUCUACAAAUUGGAAAUUAUGUCAAUGGAGCUACAUUCUGUAUAUGGCAACCAGUGCAUGAUUAGUCUGCAAGAUUUUCAGGAUGCUGAACCAGAUGUUCUUGCACGUUCUGCUUCAGCAAUUAUGGAACGCAUUAAUGAGUAUGGAUUGCAGUGCAAUGUUGCUCUUAGAUCCCUCUGUCGCAGGAGGAAGGGACUUAUUGUUGAGAGAGGAAAUCUGAUAGGUGUCGACAGUCUUGGCAUGGAUGUAAGAGUAUUUUCUGGAAUGGAAGUCCAAACUAUUCGUUUUUCAUUUAAUGCUCGAAUCCAUGAUAGAUGAUUGAUUUAAUAGCAAAUGGCCAACAAGAAACACAGGCAUGUUUGCAGUGGUGUUUAUCCUGUAUUGAUAAUAACAUCCCCGACCUUAUAGUUCAAUUUGCUCAGUCAUUUGAGGUGCUACCUGUGAGAUUUAAGUAUCAGUUUCAGUUGCUUUCUUUUCCCAACUUGCUACUCCAACUUGUUGAGUAGGUCUUCCUCCCGCAAAGAAAUUGUCUUGUGCAUUAAUGUGCAUGCUUGAACCCAUGUUAUGUGCAAGGUGUAUUAUCACAUGAAAUGCCACAAUAUUAGAGUAUCGGACGUGAUCUCAUCAGUUACUUUUCCUGAGGUUGUGCAUGUAUUCUCCCACUUCAUCCAGUGAUGCAGCAUUUCAAAUCACCUUAACUUAAAUUCUCAAGAGCAAUGUUAAGUUUUGUCCUAUUUAGUUUGUAGACCAUAGAACUUAAUGAUAUCAUCAUCGUAUGAUAUUUCUCCUGAAGGUGUCCAUGUGUUCUUCAAGCACCACUAGUGAACUAGCAUAUCAACAAGCUUUAUUAUAGUAUCUCGGUCUAAUUUAAACUAAAGCAUUAUUUUAUAGAAGCAUUACGGUUACGAUAACCUUCUGAAUUUAUCUUCAUUUUGCGCCUUAUCAGACUGCAGACCAGUACAGUUGAAGUAUUGCAAGUUUGCAACCACUUAAUAGUCUGAGCCUCAUAACCUUGCUUCUUACUCCAACAAAACUUGCCCAUCGUAGUCUCCAGACAAUUUGCUGACGAGCUAAAAUAUAUCCCUUCUAUCUCUUGAUGCAUGUUGCUUCUCCCUCUCUGUCUAAGAGCAAGGCCAUUGGAAUUCAUUUCCAAAUCCCUAGCGACUUUACCAACUGAACCAAUUGGCACCCUCUCUUGAACUUGAGCACCCCUUUCAUUUAGUGAAUAAUAUAUUAUAGUGUUUCUCCUUUGUGCAGGUCAACUCAAAACUUCUGCUACCAAGCUGAUAUUUUAACAAGAGCACAAAAUCGAUGGUUUAAUUUGCAUAAUCAUAAACAAAAAACCUUUUCCCAUGAAUGUGGAUCCCACCUUCUGGAUUCUCCUCCUCCAUGGCUUCCCAUCUUUGGUAAAGUUGAAAUGUGUUCUGGUUGCCUUUUGCUACUUCCAACUACUUCUCUCUUCCAACCCUUCGAUUUAGUUGUAAAUCCUCUUUCAUGUGAUUCUUCUAAUGCAAGCUUCUCUAGGAACUACAAUUGUCAAACUAGUGAAAUCAGUGUUUCAAAAAGCAGCUGCAGUAUGUGAGCAGUCAAGGAACAUUAUAGCGCACAUGCAGUCAUUAUUUUUUAACAAUUUAUUAAAUUAAUAAAAUGCACUAAAUACUAUAAAAGUAUCAAUAAUGGCCUUUUUUGGAUAAAUAGUUUUGAUAUCAAUAGCAACUAGUAGUAGUUCUCAUUACUGAGGAUUUAAUACCUACAGCGUUUGUUAUAACCAUUAACAUAUCAGCCUGCUUCUUCUGCACAGGCUUUCAUAGAAGUGCCAUUGUGUUUGUGAUCUUGUAAUGCUAAGUGGGCUGCAAUCCAACCUCAUGAUGCUAGGUGGUCCACAUAUGGAGCUGCAUGAUCCUAACUGGUCCGUUUCUUGUGGUAUGACCACAUACAGUGACCUCGCGGAGGCAAUAUGGUGCAUUCAAGUGUCGGCAUUUGCAUAUGCAGCAGCAUGCACCAUAUUUUACAUCACUAACUGAAACAAUCAAGUGAUGUAUAAAUUAUUGUUGGAUUGUGACUGGUUCCAUGUGAAACUUGCUCAACCAUUUGCAUUUGCAUGCUUUAGCUUGUCUGUUAUGUUUAGCAGAUUUAUUUGCUAAUUCUAUCUACUGACACUCACUUAUUUGACAUUCAGUUUUGGUUUAUAAUUUGUUUACUUUUUUAGUUCAACAAUUUUGGUUGUUGUUCUUUUGGCUAGCAUCUUCUUUUACUUGUCAUCUGAGUUUCUGCUGUCCACUUUAUUUUC